AUGUCACCAUCUGCGCCAACUGACCCUACACGAUCGGCUGCAACUGGAGCGAAGAAGAAAAGUGGUAAAAAGAAGAAGAAUGCGAACAAGCCCAAAGAUCCUGUAGUGAAUACGGGCAAUGGCGAUGCACCUGGAGGCAAGGACGAGGGCUCUGAAGUUACUGGGACCCCUGUUCAGGACACCUUUAACGACGAACCAAAUCCCGAGGUGACGACGACGGACGAGAUAACCUCAACCUCAAUACCAGAACCCGAAGAAAAGCCAGCGAGCAACGGCCACACCGUAGCCGCUGAAUCUGUCGAACCCGUCAAACCUAUCGAGUCGGCGACCCUCGAUGCAUCCUCGAAGCUAAUAGCCAUGGGGAAUGACAGAGAAUCCCUCCACGCGGAGGUCGAGGAAUUAAGAAAACAGCUCGAAAACCUGAACAAAUCUCAUGCCGACGAGAUUGAACAGCUCAAGACCGAAGUCGAGGAAGCGAACGCCGCAAAGGAGAACGCCGAAGAGCAAUAUCAGACAUUACUAGAGAGGGUGGAGAAGAUAAAAUCCACGUUAAGUGAUCGUCUAAAGCGCGAUAGAGAAGAGUUAGAAGAGAGCAAAGACAGGGUAGACGAGUUGGAAGCGCAAAAUGAAGAGCUCAGGAAUAGCUCCGCGGCGACAGAAAAGGAGGUUGGGAGGUUAAAGGAGGAGCUGCACGAGGCCGAGCGAGAGCUGACGAGUCUCAGGAGUCGCAAUAAUCUCUCGGCGCAGAACUGGCUGAAGGAGAAGGAGGAGUUCACCAAGCUUGUGGCACAUCUCAAGGAGGAGGUCGACAUGACGACAAAUGCAAUGGGCGAGUGGGAGGUCAUUGCCAUGGAGGAGAGGUCCGUGAAGGACGGCCUCGAAGAAAAGGUCUCGGAGCUUGAGCGCCAGGUCUCGGCGGUGCAGGAUGCCUACUCGAACGCCGUGGCCGAACGAGAUUCGCAGUCUAACGCACUUGACAACCUGCAGAGGGCUCUUCAAGAGAUCCAAGAGGCGAGGAGAAAGGAGCUCCGAGAGAUGGUCGAGCAAGUCCAGACUCUUGAGAAGUCCGUCCAAGAAGCAGAUGCGCGGGUACAACAGGCGGAAGAGGAGAAAGCUAAGCUCCGUCAUGAGCUCGAGCGAUGUAUGCCGUUCGAGAAGGAGGUCAAGGAGAAGAACCUCCUUAUCGGCAAGCUGCGGCACGAGGCUAUUGUCCUCAACGACCACUUGACCAAGGCUCUGAGGUAUCUUAAGAAGACAAAGCCUGAGGACAGCGUCGACAGGCAAAUCGUCACGAAUCACCUCCUCCACUUCCUUACUCUAGAUCGCUCAGACCCCAAGCGCUUCCAGAUCCUCCAAGUCAUGGCCGGUUACCUCAACUGGACAGACGAACAACGAGAACAAGCCGGCCUCGCCCGCCCCGGCACCUCCUCCAGCAUUCUCAAACUCCCACUAUCCCCCUUCACACGGACGCCUAGCACCGCCUCGCUCAACACUGACUUCAUGGCCGAGAACUCGAGCGGAAGGGAAUCGCUCGCCGAGCUCUGGGCCGGCUUCCUCGAGAGGAGCGCCGAGGAAGGCGCCGAGGAGCGAUCGAGGAAGGAUAGCGCAUCGAGCGCGGCGACGGCGGGCACGAGGCCUGAUGCUAGGGGCUAG